UGCAAGUGAAAAAAUCUACCAAUUGUAUAAUCAAUAAUCAAUUUUAAGAAUUUGUUGGCUUAAAACAAGCUCCCAUUUCUUACUGAAAAAGCUGCACGUUAGUUUUGUCGUAUUUCAAGUGUACUGAAUAAAAAUAAUAUUUUUCUCAAUAUUCGCACUAGAAACUAGGCAAAAAUACUUGGUAAAAUUGUUUGUUUUUCUAGUUUAUCAGUUUAACUCUGUUGUCUGGACGGUGCAUGAAGAGUUUAGUCGGCCGCUCUGAAGCUGAUUCGUCACCCUGCGCAGAUUGGUCACACACACCGAGCAGAGCCGCAGUUGCAACACGACGGGAGGAAACAGAUCCUGCAGGAAUCUGUCGGGAACAACAGUGGAAGAAAGUGGAAACUGCGAUCGGAUGAAGUCUGCGGCUGCGGCGCGGAGGUUUUUGCGCACGGAGAGCGUUGCGCACCGGAGGAGCUCGCUUAGAAAGCCGCCGUUUACUGCGUAACUGCCGGGUUUCCGCUUCAUAGAUGAAAACCCCACCGGAGAGACCUGGGGGCCCCUCCGUCUGCCACCGCCGGGGACCAUGGCGGACAACUUCUCGGACCUGAUCAACGAGUCGCUGCCGGCGGCUCCGGUCUCGCACUACAACUUCCCUGCGCUCAUAUUCGGGAUUUUACUGAUCAUCACCGUCACUGCUGGAAACGUGCUGGUGUGCCUCAGUGUUUACUUGGAGAAGGCUUUGAAAACUACAACCAACUACUUCAUAGUGAGUCUGGCGUUUUCGGAUUUGCUGCUGGCGGUUCUGGUUCUGCCGCUCUUCGUUUACGCAGAGUUUCAGGGCGGAGUUUGGACCCUGAACAUGACGAUAUGCGACGGUCUGAUGACCAUGGACGUGAUGCUGUGUACGGCAUCGAUCUUCAACCUGUGUGCCAUCAGCGUGGACCGGUUCAUUGCGGUGUCCAUACCGCUGAAUUACAACCGUAAACACGUGGACUACCGGCAGCUCAUCCUGCUGUCCGCCACCUGGCUGCUGGCCUUGGCCGUCGCCUCGCCCGUCAUCUUCGGCAUCAACAACGUGCCGAACCGCGAUACCAGAGAGUGCAAACUGGAGGACAACAACUACGUGGUGUACUCGUCCGUCUGCUCCUUCUUCAUCCCCUGCCCCAUCAUGGUGCUGCUCUACUUUGGGAUUUUUCGAGGUCUGAAGCGGUGGGAGGAGACGCGGAAGGCCAAGCUGCGCAGCAGCAUCGAGGCGUGCCGGAAGCUGCAGCGGAGCAGCGUGGUCGGCGGCGCCCUGCCCCCGAUGAUGGGCACCAUCCCCGGGGCGCUGCCCAUGCCGCUGCCCAGGAUCAUAGAGAGAGAUCUGGCCCAGUCUCGCAUGGACGACUCGGGCGACUACAUCCAGCAGGAGAUUCCUUAUCCACGGCAGUACAGGGAAAACUCAGUGCCAACAGUGAGAUUCAACCAGCAGCAAGUCAAGAAGAGGGCGAAGAUCAACAGCAGGGAACGGAAAGCUAUGAGGGUCCUACCGGUUGUAGUAGGCUGCUUCCUGUUCUGCUGGACGCCGUUCUUCGUGGUGCACACGCUGCGAGCGUUGUGCCUGAUGUGCAACAUCCCCGACGCGCUGAUGAGCACCGUCACCUGGCUCGGCUACGUCAACAGCGCCCUCAAUCCCAUCAUCUACACCAUGUUCAACACGGAGUUCAAGAAGUUCUUCAAGAAAUGUUUCCGCAGCUGCUGCUGACAGCAGGUUGCUGCCUCCACAGACUGAAACACCAGAGGAGGUUUGGGUUCAUAACCUCAGACUGGGACGUUUCCAGUUCGCGAGCCGAACUGGAAAUAAGAGGAAGAAAAUUUUGUUAGAGUUCUGAUUACAUUUGAGGUUUUUAUGGAUUUUAUGUAAAAUACAAACAGACUUUGUUUGAUCUGAAAUAAAGAUUUAUUUGACCAGUUCA